UACCAAUUAUGCGGCGCCUUUAACAUAAAAAAAUUUUAAUCGAACAGGGUGGGACACUUGGCAACCCUGUCUGAGAACCUUCAUCUGUGUCUUUGUAUACAUAUCAAUAACACAGAAAACAGCACGAAAAUCGAAAAAUUUUAAUUUUUCUAAACGAAAAAAAAUACACAAUCUAAACUGAACUUUAGAGAAAAUGGAUGACGAAGAGACUGCAGAAAUCGAUGAGACCAACUCAGCUGCAGCUGACAUGCAGGUAGAGUUGGGGCCAGAGCAACUGCAGCAGGAAAUGCCACAAAACGGCAGUGGAGAUGGAGCUGCAGUUAGUGCAAUAGCCGCCGUGUCAACGGCCCAUGUGAAUAGUCGUGCCAGGCUUGAGAAUAUGAUUGAGGAGGUGGACAAUAUGUUCGAGGAGGUAAGUGAGUUAAUGGUCGAUGUGACAGAGCUGAUGCGUCGUGCCAACGAACUGAGAGAAGACCCAGGUACGGCUGCACUGGCAGAAAAUGCGAGACCGCCUGCUGAGAUUGAGGAGCAGCCAGCGCAGCAGGAGGAACAGGCUUCAUUGCCUUAUGACAGUCCGAGCAGGGCGAGCAUUAGUUCAAGGCACAGCGGCAGUGACAUGUCGCUAGACAGUCCAGGCAGUGAAGACGAUUCGGAUGCGGAGGCCGUGCCACGUUGGAUGAUACCGGCGAAUCGUGUCCGUUCGGCGGUAGACAUGUUGGUCUCCCAGGCGCGCAAUCGGGAUGGAGGUAUUGCAACACUGUUGCGACGUGAAAACUUUUUGCAGCGCGUGCGUAGCAUGGUUUUUAGCCAGGAUCGGAUUCGUGGCAGAGCGAGCGAUGAGGCUAACGCUGAUGUGAUCAAUACUGUUCCAGAUGAGACCCCAGAAUCACCGCCAGCACCCCUGGAUGUUGACAUGGAGGAGGGCGUACGUUUUGACACAAAUCUGCCAGCGGAGCAUUCAUAUUUUGGCACAAAUCUAAAUCGUGUGCCCGGCGUGGACUAUCUGGAAGUCGGCAGCACACAUCGCAUGCUUAUAUUUAUGCAUCAGCAUAUACUUUUCCCCGGCGAGGUUUUGCCGUUCAUGAUUCAUGGCAGCAUUAUCGAUGAAGAGAUCCAGGACAGUGGACGCGAUGGCGUCAUUUUUGGCGUUGGCUUUCCUCUGAUGCAGCCACCGGACGAUAACCCACAUAAGCUUUACGGUGUUACUUGCCAGAUCUAUGAGAAAGGGGAAAGUGGACGACAGCAUGUUUUUUACAAGUCUCGUGCACUGCAACGCAUCGUCAUCAACUGCGACGAUAUACAAGGGCCGCCCCAGUACAUUGCACGCAACCCAACCAUGAAGUGCUACAGCAAGGUUAAAAUAUUGCCAGAGUACUUUCUGCCCGAGCCGCUCAAAUGCAUUGACAUGGGUUCGUUAAACCGUUUUCGUGAUAUACCCUCGAUGGAGAAAAAAUUUCGACGCUAUCAACUAACCAGCACACCGUGGCCAUACGAGGCAUGCGAAGAGUAUUCAUUCGAGCAUAUUGUUGAGAAGGCACGCCAAAAGCUAGAAAUACACAAAAUUGAUACCAUGCCAAAGUGUCCCAUCCAGCUGUCAUUUUGGCUGGUGCGCAAUUUGCAUCUCACAGAGAAAAUGAUGCGUUUGACAUUUCUUACGGAUUCGGUGAAUAUAAGACUGCAGAUCAUUGAUACCACAUUAAAGCAGGAGUCGCUCUUCUAUUGCCGUUACUGCAACAGCAGUCUGGCUUAUUGUUCGGAUUUAUUUGCAAUGUCCAAGCAUGGCGUCCAAACGCAAUAUUGCAAUUCGGCUGGCUAUAUCCACGAGACCAAUACGGUCUAUCGUGUCAUUGCACAUGCCAUUGGUUAUAGUGGUGAGCCAUCCACCGAGUUUAGUUGGUUUCCCGGCUACCAGUGGCAUAUAAUUAUCUGCAAGUUUUGCGCGCAACAUGUUGGGUGGGAAUUCAAGGCAGUUGAACCGAAUCUGGCCCCCAAGGUAUUCUUUGGCCUGGCUGGCUCCAGUGUCCGUAUUGGCAAAACCAGUGAGCGUACGCCCACGCAUGGCAGCACAUUUGUGGUACGCAAUCUGUUGCGCCUCGUUUCCAGAGAACUUGAAUGAGGUUGGCGACUGGUGAAACGUGUUGGCGGCUUCUGUUGUUGCCGACGGUCUGACGUUCGUCGUCGGCCAUCUCAGGAGCUGGGUAAUCUCUAGCUAAUACAGAGCAUUUCAAAUUCGUUUCACACUUUCGUCUAGUACAUUUAAAAUGCAACUGAAGUCGUCAAAUAGACGGGAUUGUAUGUAUGCAAACAUAAAGAUUGAUUUACCAAGUUAUAUUAAAACUAAUUCAUAUUUAAGA